GAGUGUCGGGCCGUAACACUUCUUGCUCGCGCUCUCUUCUUCUCUUCCUUUUGGUUUCUCCUUUUCUUAAUUUCCACGCGACUUGUACCAAUCGGACGCUGCCGACAAUGGAAAUCUGAGAGCGCACCCUUCGUGUCAACCCUCGGCGCAGAGAAACAGAAGAUGCAGCCGCUCGUCAGGGUUUUGGUGUUGUUGGCGCUGCUGGGCGCGAGCUGUGCGGCGCCGGCGGUGCCGGACGGCGACGAGGAGCAGCCGGUGCUGAGUCCGCGGAACUGGACGCACGUGCUGCCCCCGGAGGCGUCUUUCGGGUCGGUGCGCGAGCCGAGCGUGGUGCUGGAGGGCGGCAGGCUGAACCGCACCAUCCUCAACGCCAGAUUCAACGGGACGGAGGCGCUGCGGAGGCUGCGAAAGCUGGCCCGCAGGCUCAACAUGCCGCCGCUGGUGGACAAGGCGCUGCGGCUGCUCAACCUGCAGCAGGUCGUCCAGGAGGUGGAGACCUCCGUCAUGUCCAAGGUCUCGUGCACCGCCUGCCGCGCCGGAGUGAGUUUUAUUCAGCACUACAUCCGCACUGGCAAGACGAAAGAAGACAUUAUCCAAGUGACGAAACACUUCUGCAUCAAACUAAAGAUGUCCACGCCGCGCGUCUGCGACGGAAUUACUGAACUAUUUGGCGGUGAGGUGACGUACGUGCUGCAGCGUCUGUCGCUGGGCCCGGAGGAGAUCUGCGGCUUCGUGAUCGGCGACGCGUGCGGCGACGUGUACAACCCGUUCCACGAGUGGAAAGUGAGUUUCCCGCCGGUGCCGAAGCCGCCGGUGGCGCCGACGCCGGCGCCACCCAAGGUGGGCAGCCCGACCUUCAAGGUGCUGCAUUUGUCGGACACGCACUUCGACCCUUACUACCACGAGGGCUCCAACGCCGACUGCAACGAGCCCCUCUGCUGCCGCCUCACCAACGGGCCCCCGGCCACCCCGGCCGCCGCCGCCGGCCGCUGGGGCGACUACCGGAAGUGCGACACCCCCAAACGCACCGUCGACUCCAUGCUCGAGCACAUUAAGACCACUCAUCCGGACAUUGACUACAUUUUGUGGACGGGCGACCUGCCGCCGCACGACGUGUGGAACCAGACGCGCGAUGAGAACCUGAGCAUCAUCAAGCAAACCGUUGAGCAGCUGAGCACCACUUUUCCAAAUGUGCCCAUUUUCCCAGCUCUCGGCAACCACGAAAGCGUCCCUGUCAACAGCUACCCGCCGCCGUUCGUGAAGAAGGACUACUCGAUCGAGUGGCUGUACGAGGAGAUGGACGCGCAGUGGCGCCGGUGGCUGCCGCCAAGCACGAGUCCAACGGUGCGCCGGGGCGCCUUCUACUCGGUGCUGGUGCGGCCCGGCUUCCGCAUCGUCUCCAUGAACAUGAACAACUGCAACAACAGGAACUGGUGGCUGCUGCUCAACAGCACCGACCCCGGCCACGAGCUGCAGUGGCUCAUCUACGAGCUGCAGGCCGCCGAGAUCAACAACGAGAAGGUCCACAUCAUCGGACACAUUCCGCCCGGACACUCCGACUGCCUCAAGGUCUGGAGCAGGAACUACUACAAUAUUAUCAACAGAUACGAGUCGACCGUCAUGGCCCAGUUCUUCGGACACACGCAUUACGACGAGUUUGAGCUGUUUUACGACAACUCGGACAUGUCACGCGCCACUUCAAUCGCCUACAUCGGACCUUCGGUGACGCCCUACUACGACCUCAACCCCGGAUACCGGCUCUACUACGUCGACGCCGACCACGCUCUCACUACCAGAGCGGUGCUGGACCACGAGAACUGGGUGAUGAGUCUGAAGGACGCGAAUCUGUACGACUACCCCAUUUGGUACAAGCUGUACUCGGCCAAGUCGGCGUACAAAAUGAACUCGCUGGCGCCGCAGGAGUGGGCCACGCUGCUCGACCAGUUCGCCUCCGACCAGGAGGCGUUCGACCUCUACUACAAGCACUACUGGAAGAAUUCUCCGGUGCGUCCGAACUGCGACGCCGAGUGCCGGAAGCGGCUGGUGUGCGACUUGCGUUGCGGACGGUCGCACGACCGGCGCUCCCUUUGCCAGGAGAUCGAGUCGCGCAUCGACAGCCAGACGGGCGGUACGUGGCGCUCGUGGCUGUACAACGGCCUCACCGUGUCCUACGCCUCCGUCGUCGCCUCCUUCUCCUGGAUCGGCAGCACCAUCUCCAACGGCAUCUCCACCGCCUGGGGAUAAACAAAAUUAACCCCCCUUGAAUCCAAAACGGGUUUUUCUUGCGCCUUUUUGGCUGUCAGGGAUCUUUUCUCUUGGCAGCGGCGAAACUCGUUACAUUUUGGACCCCCUGUGCCCCCCACCCCCGCCGAGUUACCCCCAGAACGGAAAAAUGCCGGAUGGGAGAUGAGACAGAGAGAAUGCCUGCCUGCUUUUAAUUUAUUUCCGCACGAGUGCAUGUUUUAUGUGUUUAUUAUUUUUUUUUUUAAAAAAAGGAAAAAUUCCGUCCGUUUGUCCGCGGUGGCUCAAUUCGCUUAUUUUAAUUUAAUUAAUUUAUUUUAAUUGUAAGUUCGAGGAAUGUGUCUCUUUCUUGGAGUGGAAAGUCCUGCUGUGCAAACUGUGAUGUCGCUAAACGAACAAAAGAAUAAUAUGAAGCUGCUUGCGUAGUAGACCUGCCUGUUUUUU